GGGAGAUGUUUAUGGUGAAUUGCUAUGGAAACCCAUAUGUAAAACUUUGUCAGGUCUCCAGUGAACUCUCUACGCAAAGGCACUCUAUUGACUCAUAAGCUUUUAGAUUAAUAAAUUUAUAUUACAGCAAUUAACUUUAUUAUAGCAAUAAGCGACAAUAAGUUUCCCAGACGAAAAUAUCGCAGUUGUGUGUGUACAAUGAGCGGAAUUAUUCACGAGAGAGAUAAGAGAGAAAAACGAAUCCCGCCGUGUGGGAAAGUGCGCUCCGCUGAAAGCACGAAAUGCAGGAAAUCCCUGUUGAAGCUAAAGCAGCAAGAGUACCUGAUGGAAAAGAGUCUCGCCAACUUGAUGGAGAACAUGAAACUGGAACCAGAAGUUCUACGACCCGUUUUGCAUAAUAUGAGUGACAUCUCGAAAAACAGGCAGAUUUUUCUGGAUAAUAUGAGAAAACCCUUGGAGGAAAUUACUGAGGAGAUGCAAUCGGCGCAAUCAGUCACGAACUGUCCCGAACAGAUCCAAAAAUUAGAUACAAAUGCAUACAAACUACGGCUCGUGAAAUUGUCGCAAAAAAUUCGGGACUUUCAGGAGACCUGCCAACUGCAGACUACGACUUUGUCGCAGGAGCAAACUGCUCUCGAAUCUGAAUUACGUGAAUUUGAAUCGAAUUUGCAUAAGUAUGAGAAUGCAACCGGUAGUAUCGGCAAACCGACGUCCGCCGCGUCUUCUAAGGAAAAUAAAAAGUGUUAUGAUUAUAAGGAGAUCGAGAACUUCCACGAGUUAAUUGCUAAAACAGGCCACACUGAUAAUUGGAGCGACGAGGAUCACCUGUUGUUUCUAAAAAUGCGGAAGAAGUGCAGCAACAUCCCUGCCUUGGUCGUUGCCAUUCGAGUCAAAUGUCCGGAUCUAACAGCGGAAACUAUAGUGAAUCACGAGGCUUGGUACAAGAUUUAUCUGAGGCUGCGUGAAAAGCAACGCUCGAGAGUUACAGAGUGGCGCAAACGAAAAGAAAUGGAGAAGAUGAAGAUGAAGAAUCGCGAGGAUGAAACCGGGGCCGAGACCUUGGAAGAAAUUUCGCGAGAGAGAAGGCACUCCAAUAUCACGGAAGAUGUUUCGACUUGCGUGAUGGAUAAAUGCAAAGGAAGGACAACGAAGAGUGGCAAUUCCGUUGAUGUCAAUAAUCAGAAGAAGGAAUUAAUAAGACGGUGGAAAACGGAAAGAGAGAAUAAACGUUUGAUGGACGAGGAGCAAUCGAGGAUUCUGAUGGAGUCGAAGCUUGCCGCGCAAGAUAAACGUAAAAGGGAAAGAUUGAAAAGACUUCGGGAAGUUCUGGCGGAGCAUCGUGAGAGAAAAUUGAUGGAAGUUUCUUCCGAAGCUUCGAAAAACGACUUGAGCGCGGAACCAAAGUACAACCCGAUGUUGAUUAAAGCUUUUAGGAAGCAAGAUGCAGAAUAUACAAGAAGAAAGAAAAAUUUGAUAGCGAGACGGAGGUUGAUUAAAAAUCAAACAAUAAAAAUCAUAAAAUCACAAAUCGUUAAAAAGCAAGAUCACUCGACUUUGUUGAAUUCAACUGAAGUAUGGAGAGAAAAAUGCAGACUGCAUGAUCCUAACGCGAGGGAGCCGAAAAAACUGCAAUAUAUUAAAGACGUUCCACGUUUAUAUGUCCAAUGGAGAAACAAAGAAUCGAUGGAGAUCAAGGAUGCUCUGACGUUUUCUUGAGUCAAGGAUCUUUCCUCCUCAGCCAAAGUGCAUUUACAGCUUA